UUCCUUUGCCUGGAAACGGGAAGGUGUGGCUGAGGCAGGGCCUGCAGGGGAGCAGCUCAACUAAAAAGUGGGAGAGGAACCCCUGCCUGUGAGAGCCAAGUGCCCCUGGCUGAAGGAGGUCUGGACCAGGACCAGGCCCCAGUAAACAAUACCUGCCGCCUGAGCUUCCGACCAUGUACUCCUACAGCUGCCUGGCGCCCGGGGAAGGCGCCUGGCCUCCCCUGCAGCCCCUCGCCUACACCUACCUGCCUGGCCCCCUGCUGCUGCCCUCCAUCCAGGCCCACAGCGUCUGCAGCCGGCCUCCAGCCCUGAGCGCCGGCGGCUGGGCGGCCCCGCGGGAAUACCACAGUUUCCACGGCCCGGGCGCGUCGCCGGGGGCCGCGCCGCUCUGGUGGGCCUUCCCGCAGGCCUACGCCGCGGCCCUGGCCCCGCCGCUCCCGGCGCCCGGCUACCCGGGAUCGUUGAUGCCGGCGCCCGCGGAGACGGGGGCCGCGAGCUGGGCGCCGUGGCCCGAGGGCGGCAGCCUGCAGGCGGAGCUGCGCUGGGGCCGCGUGGAGCGCGCGUGGGGCCCGCGCCUGGAGCUGCCGGACUUCGUGCGCCGGGAGCUGCGGCGCGUGUACGGCACGUACCCCCGCACCGACGUGCGCGUCACUUUCCGGGGCGGCGAGUUCUUGCUGGAGGCCGCGCCGCGCGUGGGCGAGCCCGAGUACCGCGCGCGGAGGCGCCCGCUGCGCCCGCCCGCCCGCAGCGACAGCGGCAGCAGCCCCGACGGAGAAGCGGCGGAGCGCGGCCGCCCAAAGGCGGGGAAAGGCCUGGGCUGAGGGCGCCGCGGGGUCGGCGGCCGGCCGGGAGCGCGCGCGCCUCUCCUCCGAGGCGGGAAGGGAGGCCUCGGCUUUGCAUCGGGACGGGGUGCACCUGUCACCUGUUUUUUUGUGUUUGUUUGUUUGUUUACCAACACUGCCCGCCGCCCCUCUCCUGCACUUCCUUGACUUCUCUCCUGUUAUUGCUGGAUGGUGGGGGAAGAGCGAGGAGGGAUGAAGGACAUCACUGGGUGGGUGUCCUGUUACUCUUCCCUUUUACUUGGACUUGGGAGGCCUGGGUGUGGGGUGAAGACGGGCCUGGACCCUUUGUUUCCCCUCUCUCUCCUCCUCCCCAUCUCUUCCCCUUAGAAGCCUGCGGUGAGCCCCCAUUUUCCCUUUCUCUUCUCCUCCCUCUAGCAAAGCUUCCCGAACUCCCCAAGCUGAGGGCCCGCCCAUCUCCAGCUUGUAAUGAAAAAUAAAUGAACGUAGUCAAGUGUGUACUGCGAGAUCAUUUGUA